AUGCCCCACAAACGUGCCAAACGGUCUACGAGGGAAAGCCAGAGAGUACUACGAGGUAUCGACUUAGCCCCCGAAACCUCUCUUGCUCGGGAGACAAUCCCGAAAUCGGUCUCUCGCGUCCUUGAUGCCGCUAGGAUCAGGCAAGAAUAUAGGGAGAAGAAACGGAAACUUGAUGGGUGCGAGGAUGGCCCAGCACGGAAGAGAAAGCAUCAUGAUGGCAGUGAUCAGGGCGCCAACGGCACACCGAAGAUCAGACCCGGAGAAACGAUCACGAGUUUCAACAGGCGAGUGGAACAAUCAAUGAUUCCUCAUAUCAAGAUGGCGUUGCGACAGUCGUCUAAUCAAGAGCGCAAGGUUCGUAAGCAGGACGCAGCUGGCAGGCCGCAGCCAAGCGCUAGAAAAGAAGAAAGCAAGGAAUGUUACAAUUCUUCGGAUAAGAACGUUCCUCUGCGGCACCCAACAAAAAUCACCGGUUUCGCUAUCGAACAAGAUGGUUCAGCGGAAAAAAGCAAAGAGUUUCCAAAAGCUUCCACCUCAGCUCCGCGGCGCCUGAAUGACAUAGCUCAAGCACCACCUGAAAUUACGAACGUUCCGCGAGGAGCACGUCAGCUGCCGAAGAAAGAUAAGUCCUCGGGCGUCUUGAGUAUGGCGCAGAAGGUGAUGAUGGAAGAGGAACGGGAAAGAGCAAUUAAGCACUAUCGGGAAUUGAAGACGAGGCGAUUGAGUGGGGUUGUGGCAUGA